AAUGUGGCAACAAGAAAAAAGACUGUUGCAGCUGACAAUUCCGGUUGUGCUUAUGGCCGAUUUUGGCGUGGUUACGGCCAACAGUAUCUUAUCUGGUUAUUAAACGUCUCCUGUCGUAUUUUCGGCGGAUGGGCACCUAGUUGGUUUCGACCGCAAAACACCGGACGGUUCUGGCAUCCCUGCGGAAAAGUGCGGCUCCUGUCCGAGAGUGAACGAGGAGGUGACGGACCAUUUCUAACGUGGUGCAUUGGGACGGACGAAAGGUGGUUUCCGGUCGUGUUUCAAAGCAUGGUUGACGCCCCAAAACGGACAGCCGGGAUGAAGCUGUAACGCUGGAGCGAUUGUAAACACAGACGGCAGCGCCCGAUUUGACCAGCAACAUGUCAAGACAGUGUUAACUUGAUUUACGGCAAAAUCUGUGCAGCGAACAUAGGAACACCCACCUAGUCAAGCGGCCUUUGCAAUCCACAGUUGGCAAAUAUUGGUGACAUCACCUGACCUAAACCUCAUCGGUUGUGCACACGUGGAAACCUUGUUGGGAAAGAUAGAAUUGUGUGGAGUGACAUUGCAAAUUCCUUUCUAAACAUGGAUCCUGGGAACAAAGUGAUUCCUGUCAAGAAGAAGAAAAAGAUGAUGUCCAUUCAACUCAAGCACGAAAUCAUCGAAAAAUAUGAGCGAGGUGUGCGCGUCGUCGACUUGGCGAGAUUGUAUGACCGCAAUACUUCGACUAUAUGCUCUAUACUGAAACAGAAGGAGUCGAUAAAGGCUAUAACACCAGCUAUGGGUGUUAAAAUCAUUUCAAGGCUGCGGACAUCUGUCCAUGAAAAGAUGGAGAGGCUACUUUUGGUGUGGUUGACGGAGAAACAGCUCACAAGAUGUCCAUUGACGGAGGGUGCCAUCUGUGAAAAGGCACGGGCCAUUUACACCGACUUGCUGCAGCAGACCCCAGGCUCCUCGACGGACGGGGCACCGGAAGACUCGUUUAAAGCCAGCCGUGGCUGGUACGACAAUUUUAGGAGGAGGAUCAGCUUUCCAUCCGAUGUCGGGCACGUUGAUGCGGCCAGCAAAAAUGUGAACAAGGACUACUGCAAAACCUUCACCGACGUGAUAGCAGCCAAAGGAUACGUCCCUCAGCAGGUCUUCAAUUGUGACGAAACGGGGCUCUUCUGGAAAAGGAUGCCAAGGAGGACUUUCAUAACGAUCGAGGAGAUGAAGAUGCCUGGCCAUAAACCCAUGAAGGAUAGGUUAACCCUCACACUAUGCGCCAACGCGAGCGGCGACUGCAAGAUCAAGCCGCUGCUCGUAUACCAUUCGGAAAAUCCCAGAGCCUUCAAGUCGCACAAGAUCAUCAAAGAAAAACUGCAGGUUAUGUGGCGGGCAAACCCAAGGGCGUGGGUCACUAGGCAAUUCUUUGUAGAGUGGGUCAACCUGGUGUUUGGUCCCGCCGUGAAGAAGUAUCUCCAGGAAAAAAACCUCCCUGUGCAAGCCCUUCUGGUUCUGGACAACGGUCCCGCUCACCCACACAACCUCCAAGAUGAUAUCCUUGAAGAUUUUAAGUUUAUCAAGGUUUUCUACCUUCCACCUGACGCCACCGCUAUGCUGCAGCCCAUGGACCAGCAGGUGGUUUGUAAUUUUAAGAAGCUUUUCACCAAGCACCUCUUUCGCCGCUGCUUUGAGGUGACGCAGAGCUCAAAUCUCACCAUUCGAGAGUUCUGGAAGGACCAUUAUAACAUCGUGUCAUGCCUCAAGAUUAUCGAUCUGGCUUGGCAAGCUGUUACAAAGAGGACCUUGAUUUGUUCGUGGAAGAAGCUGUGGCCCGAGGUUGUGUCGGAAAGAGUGACCUUUGAACCUGACCAUGCGGUGGUGGAGGAGAUCGUUUCCCUCGGGAAGUCCAUGGGCCUGGAGGUGGAUGAGGGAGACGUGAACGAACUCGUCAAGGAGCACGCCCAGGAAUUGACGUCGGAGGAGUUGAAGGCGCUACAGACGCAGCAGCACGCAAAGGUUUUGCAGGAAAUCGGCACCGCCGCUCAGCCGGAGGAUGAUGAAGUCAUCUCGACCAGCGAGAUCAUGGAAAUGCUGGGAAUUUGGGAGAGACUUUCAAGUUUUAUUGAACGGAAACACCCGGAGAAAGUUGCCACCGGAUGCGCGUCGUCGCUCUUUAACGACACCUGCCUGGCUCAUUUCCGAAACAUUCUGAAAGAGCGGAAAAAGCAACUUUUGAAGCGACCCGCCGGUGAACGUGAGGAAAGCCUGAUGAAAAAGCCCAAAACCGAAGAUGAGUAAAGUGGACAAAAAUGGAGCAGUUAGUUUCAUACAGACUUACACAUGAAUACAAACCAGUUUAUUUCGCUUGUUUGCUUUUAUACCAGACAGUGUUGUAUUUCUGUAUUACAAAGGUAAUGAAAAAAUUGGGGUGCUUUUGGGUUGCUGGAACAGCCUUUCAUUUCAAUGGGGUGUUUUGAUUGAAUUUACAAGGUUAUGAAUGAAAUGUACCACUAUCACUGCUGCUUACAAAGGAAGCCUCAUCGUGUGUGUUGCUGCUUUGUCCAAAGCGAUGACUGACUAACAGCCGACAACGAGCCAAUGUCAUGUUCUGGCCUCAGAACUUCGUCCACUUCAAUUCCUGAAAUAUGAAUCGAUGGCUGGGGUAUAGGGCACACUGGUAUGUCGUCACUCAUGGCUUUGCUGUUUUGUUGGGCCCCCAUCUCAUGCAGAUGAAUUCCACCAUUACCUGGACGUGUUCAGAUUCCUUCCUCCCAAGUAGUUCCGAUUCAUCUACCCUUCUAUCGAUUUUCUGUGGACGACCAACAGCCACAAGCGGUUUAUUGACAACCAACUUGUUGAAAAGCCCCUACACAGGCCAGAUUCACCAAUGUGGAGCUCUGGACAUCAUGAGCCACGUCCAUGCACUUUGUAACAUCUCAGAGCCCGAGCUUUUGCACAAGUUCAGUCACUCCACGCCUUACGACAAUUGCUGAUCGGGCUGGUUAAGAUGGAUCACCUUGCUAGCAAGGCUAUCUUUUGUGCAUAUAGUCGCUGAAGCAAAAAAAUGAUACUUCUAAACGAUUGUGUGUCUGUUGACCUCAUACAGCAGGGAAGCAGGUGUAAAGCAGUGCCCUCGGUACGGGACACUUGCUUCUCAUUAUUGGAGUCUGCAAGGGACUUUUUAAAUGUUUUCUUUUCGUGUGUCCUUGAGGCCUUGAAAGUCAUUUGUGGUUGGAUGAAAGGGGCAGGGCAAGAAUUAUGCAAUAAAUAACCUGUUGACUAUG